AUGAGACUAUGCACCAGAGAAGCAAAACUGCAUUCUCUACCUUACGAUGUACUAUACCAGGUUGUUGAAGACUUGGGCUUGUCGGACUUCAAUAAUCUCAGUCGAGUCAAUAGGAGCCUGUACAAUCUUCUGCAAAAUGAUCAGCUUGCCAAGCGCACCAUCAAGAAACAUGUCCCCCAUUCCAAAGAGGCCCAGUGGGCUACGACUGGAAGAAUAUCCUUUCGACAGGCUAUCGGACGCAUCCACGAUAUGCAGCACGCGGUAGCGAUGGCUGAGCCAUACUCAGUCGCAGUGCUUUCAUAUGCCGCCACUUUCAUCUAUAAAGACGGUUUUUUGUCGUACAUCAUCGAUAAUGAGAUCCGUGUCUUGAACGUCCACCAACCAGACAACACAGAACAAGUUGUGGAUAUUCAUAAUAUACUACGCCGAAUAAUCCCGACUUAUCGUCAACAAGAAGCUGCAGAUCGUUCAGCGCAAAUAACAUUCCUACAUUAUUCAUCAGGAGUACUCGCGUUUCUGGUGGAAAUAGAUGGAGAUGAGCACGCAUGGCUCAUUCUUCUCGACGUCACCCCUGGGUGCUCCAAGAGACUGAAAUUUAUAAGACAGCUGGAAGACACGCGACGACUGUUUGUCCGCCAUAAUGGUGUACAUCUCUUUUAUGGCGUGCACUCAUAUGUUGAUGCUUCUGGCGAGCUCCUUUGGGCCAUUCAGUGGGUUGAUCUCACUAGAAAUACCAAGAAGGAUAUGCCGCCUACCGUUUUGGAUAACUUGGCGGGCACUGAAAUAGGCCACAAUGUCUGUUUCGAAAUCUUCGACGACCAUCUUUAUGCGGUGUCUAACACGAUUGAUUCGGAGGAGGAAGCGUUGAAUUGGCGAUCCUUUUAUGAAUGGAUCCGUAUCCCACCAGCAUUCAAUCGACGCAGAGUACGAAUGCAAAGAAUCUGGCGCCGGGAUCAUCUUGAAGGUCCUAUUAAUGAUACCUGGACGGAAAUGUCUCUGCGCAUGGAUGAAGCCACUGGUCAACCCAUGAUUCUUGAAUGCCGUCGUGAAUGGCGAGAAGGUCGCUCAGAUCACGUACGAACAUAUUAUGCCGAACCUUUGCGGCCGGAUGAAAAAGCCAUCAAUGGGGAAGUUGAAGUUGAGGCCGAGCUCGCAGAGCCCAGUGUAACACAGUCGCCAUCUUCCUCUUCAUUUCUCACCCAUCCCUUUCCUGGAAGCCUCAUUGGACCUAGUAACAUCACCUUACCGGCUCCUUUACCGCUGAAUGGGCCAUCGGUCGAGGACUUAGCACGGCACCAGAGAAUAGGUAAACAUGUACAUUCGGAGUACACGAGUAGUUGUUGCAACAGAAGGGAAUUCAUCAUGGCGAAAACGAAAUUCCGCACAUACAAUUUCUCGGCACGUUCAUUCGUGGACUUGGUAAAUGAUCCGGAGCCAAAUAAUCGAGUAGGAGGUGCUACAGAUCGCUUGCGUUUACGGAUUAAUUCUCGUAAACGGAAAUGCACAUCAUCCGAUGAUCACACAGCCAAACGCAGCAGACUUGACACAACCCCUCUUACUUCUGCAUCUCCUGCUACAGGUGACAAGGACGAAUCUGAUAACGUUCGUCUCUGGCCCCCCGACAACGCAGACGAAGACCUCAUCAACCUCCUCUGCCCAACCCGACAAGCAACCAACAUCCACGCCGUCGCCGACGAACGCUCACUCAUCUACUCCGUCGACACAGAAGAACCUCACAAACAAGCCAUCAUCCUGAUUAGCUUUGAUCCUCAAAUUCGUCUUCCGUGCAUGCACAGUAGAAGAAAUGACGGCGCGCCAUCAGCAUCUACGCCUGUAGGUAUUAGUCUACUCGGACCCGAGGAUACGAAGAAGAGUAGUAGGAGGCAGAAAUGUUCUAUUUUUAGUCCUUGUUCUUCUGCUUCUGCUGCUGCUGCCAGUAGUGGUAACAGCAAAUCGAGUGUGCGGACUGAGGCGGCGAUGCAUUUGUCAAUUGAUAAGGGGUAUUGGUUUGAUGUGAAGAGGUGGUGA